UUAAGUGUCAAGAAUCGAAAGUUGUUUCAACAAUUUCAAUGUUAUUAAUAUUUCAUAUAAAAUUCAAUAUUAAUCUUAGCUAUGUUCUACCUUAUUCAGAAAUUGGUGUACUUAUAAAAAUCUAAAUGUCGUUAUAUUAAGUGUUUAUGUAUAAAACAAUCCAUGUCUAUAAAGCCUGUUUUCGUGUAUACAUUGUCAUCCAAAAUGGCAGGGAAGACGAAAAACUUGCAAUUGGACAUUAGCUGAUGUGAAAUGUGAAUUUAUAGUAACUAUUGACAGUGUAGUGUAGGUGGAGUGUAAGUUAGACAGAAAUGUGGACAUAGCGUGUAAAAUGGGUUCGCAGAUACUGGAAAUCCUACGCCAGGGUAUAUGGGCAUCACUGACAGGAGGAUGGUUUUAUGAUCCCCAUCAGAAUUUGUUUUGCAACACAGUACAUCUGUAUAUAUGGCUGUUUCUGUUGUGUCUACCGUUUUCUGUGUACUUGUAUUUUCCACCAGCAAGUCUCGGCUGGUUAGUCUAUUGUGCUCUAGUGGCCCUCCUAUUUACUGCCCUUAAAUUGAUCAAUCACGGUCUACACCACAUGUAUGAUACAAAUGAGCUCAUUGUGGUACAAACUACAGACGAAACAGGAAAUUCUAAUGAGAAUACUGCUUUGUUGUCAUCUCUCAGGCCAGAGGAAGGUAUAGAAAUGCAGAACCUGGGAGGUGCAGCAGCUCCACAGAGUGAUAAUGACUCUGUGACCUCACUUGAAUAUCACAAGCCAAACAACAGUACUAUAGAUUUGAAGGCUGAUGUUCAUCGGAAGAACAGUUCUGAAUCAAGUAUGGAAGAUAGUGCUAUAUCGGCUAAGCAGAUUGAACCUGUUGCCAUAACAAAAUCAGAUCUUUGUGUAGCACAAAAUUUACAGGCACCAGGACCUUCAAAAACCCGUCCAACGAGAAGCCGGUCCAAAUCCGGUCACAGAAGGGACCGGGAACAUAGGACUAAAACUAGACGAGGGCAUGGACGAAUAGACGAACUAAUUGUCGAGGAGUCGAGGAAUCCUAGGCUAGAUGGUAACAUACCAAUUCAUAUGUUAGCAGAUGAGGGUCCAUUCGCUAAAGUGAGUAGAAGAUAUCAUGAGUGUCCACAUCGUCGUGGAUCAAGUAAUAGAGAUUUCUUUAAGGAAUGGCUCUAUUUAGAUGGUAGUGAGGCGACUGGGGAACCUUAUCAGUCAAAGUUUGCACGUCAACUUAGUUCCGAUUCCAGAGAUAAUUCUGAACCUAGUGUAGGGCCACCAUCGCCAAAGAAGAGAACAGCACAACGGCGAAGGUAUACUAAUUAUCAUGACGAAAGUUGUACAAAAUCUGCUAUGGCCCUUGCAACGCAGUCAUCAAACAUGAGAAGGAAUUCGAACUCAACUAUGUCUACAAUACAAUUGCCAUUAUUAAAUUCAACAGCUCAGCUUGUUUCUCAUAUGAGGAGGCACUCUAAUAACGCUGAUCACGGUUUUUUUGCAAGUGUUGAGUUAGGGGAAUAUAUGAUGGUUAAAGCUGAGGCUCCAGUAAACGAUGCAGAUAAAAAUAAAGGUAAAAGUCCCGGUGUUCGACGUAUCAAAAGUGCAGCGUUGGAAAUUGGAUGUCCACCUCCAAGUGUAUCGAACCUAUCACCACAUCCAAACAGUGCAGAGACAAUUGGCGGACAGGUUUUAAAAAAUCCUAAAAGUGCAGUAAUACCGCCACCAAGUAAAUGCUUGACUCGUGGUCCCCAUUUCAAUCUUUAUCCUAAAAAUGAAUCUGGAGAAGGAUGUAGUCACCCCUAUCUUACAUAUGGUUCAGAAAUAGUUUACCCAAUCGCUGAAAUUUCUGAUGAAAUGCAAACAUCCCAAAAAGAAACAGAUUUGGAUUCCAGUGGAGAAAGUUACAGUGAAUAUGAAGAUGAAAAGCAGUUUCGUGGGUUCGAUUGGGAAGCGGAACAAUCGCCAGCUAUACGUUCUAGUGACUCCGAUUAUGAAAAUAAUGGUUCUAGAUCGCCAUUACUUGAUAAAAUGAAUGACGUAAGAAUAAUUCGUUCAAAAAACCAAAUAGAUUGUAAGAAACACUGCUGCCAGAGACAUCAAAAACAUCUACCCGAAUGUCCAAAUAAUAAAUCAAAACAUGUUAGGCUAAAAAAAAUGAGCAAACAUGACAUGAAAAAUGAUAAACUAUCGGAUUACUGCAAUGAUUGUAAAUUUAAUCUUCGCCAGGAUUACUUUGAUAAAGCUAGCGCAAGCUCAAAAGAUUUCCUUAUAGAAAAGUCAAGUUUAGAAUCCAAUGAAAAUGUUGAUCCGUCGGAUAAACCAACACAAGACAAAAACCCUAUUGAAAAAAAACUUUGGGACCAUGACAUAUCCAAUACGAGUAGCAGUAGCAGUGAGAUUGAGAGACCCGAAGACGAGUUAAAAGAAGAAAAAAAUAAUGCGCCAGAGACUGAAGAGUCACAACUAACUUGCGAUAGUAAAAGUGCUGAUGAAAAAAGCGUUUAUAGCUUAGAUUGGUUGUUCGAAGAGGCGUCCGAAGAUAAAGCGUGUUGUGUUGAAGAUUUGGGUCCAGAAGAGGUUUUAUGUAAAAAAUUAGCUAACGCUUUAGGUGAAUCAUCUUCUAAUGUACCAAAAAACUUAGGGGCUAUACCAAAGCAAAUAAAAAAUUUAGCGCGUUCACGAACUUCUUCACAGAAAGAGAACAAAAUGAGAGAUUCUAAAAAAGAAAAGGAUGAAAAUCAGUCUGAAGAGAGAAUAUUAAUGGAUGCUGUAGAAGCUCAAGCUGCCUUAGUACAGGGAUUAGAAUGUCUUUUUGCAGCUACAAAUGCUAAUACUGUAGUAAUGCCGCCCCCUAAUAGAGAUGAAAGAUCACGGAGUCACAGGCAAAGCAUACGGGGAGAAAGAGACAGCUUACACAAAACCAGAAAACGAUCUAUAGAGGAAGUUGCACAAACAUCAACUAAUACUUUGCUCCCAACAUCAAUGCCUCUACUGGCCGCAUUUCUUAAUUCAAGAGUAGACUUUAUACCUUGCUGCGUAAAUGAUAAUCCGCCUGAAGGCCAAGGCCCGGAAGAAGGUCAGAGAUUAAGGCCUCUUAUGGAUAGAAAUCACAGAAACAGAGUCAGAAAAAUAAAACGAUCAACGCGUCAGCGUAACAAUCCGUCUCUACAAAAUACCGCAGAAAAAAAAGACAAGCCAUCGAGUUCAGAAAAUCCCAAUUCUAAUAGCGUACACUUUGCUACGUCGUUUGAUGAUACCACUGAUGGUGCAAUACAUUGCUUUAUGGACGAAUAUGGCAAUUGGAUGUCUUACACUUUUGACAAAAACAGUUCCGGGAGAGCUCAAGCACAGCCAAUUCCCUUACCCGAAAAAGAUGAAGGAGUGCGAUGUAAUCAUCCGAAGUCUAUUGAAAAUCGUGAUAAUUCACAAGAAACAGCUGGCGAGGGCAGUUGUGGUUCAUUGGAGUCAGAAGCUGCAAACAGUGAAAGUAUAGCGAAGCCUAAAAGAGGUGAUAGUAUAGAUCAAAGUUCUUCUAAUCAAGGAAGUAAUAAUCCUUUACUAUCAAGCAACAAUAAUGUAUCAACCAUUGUACCGAUAAACACUAACAGUUCAAAUAAACGUUUUUACGUGUUCGAUGGAGGGACUGGUUCACACACCGACCAGCCGAGGUCGCCUGUUGCAUAUGUGACUGACAGCUUAUUAGAACAAAUAGAAGCAGAAAGGCAAUCACGUAUGGGACUUCCAAGCAUGCAUAUCAAUUUCUUAAUGAGUCAACAAAGGGCCCAGCAACAAGCACAACAACAGGCAGAGAACACUUCAACUCAUAUACCGAGCUUGAUGCCUUCGAUAGGAGAAGAAAGCUUAGACAUCAAUAUCAGAAGUAAAUAUCCCAAAUUAUCGGACGAUUUGGACAAAUUAAACAAGCCAAAGUCGAAAAGUUACUACAAAUUCAAACUUUCGAAAUGUUUAGAAGUUAAAGUUACAAUGGAUAGGUUAAAACUGAUGGCGCUUUUCGACAGGAACCUGACAUUCAGAGAAACUUUUAUAUCAAUAAUGUUAGCUGUAGCGGUUGCUGCCUUAGGUUCCAUGGUGCUAAAUCUCGGAUUUUACAGGGACAUUUACGCGUUUUGGUUCUGUUUCAUUAUGGCUGGUAGUCAAUAUUCCCUUCUCAAAAGUGUUCAACCGGAUUCAGCAUCACCGGUACAUGGAUUUAAUAAAAUGGUCGUUUUCUCACGUCCCGUGUAUUUUUGCCUUUGUACGGCUAUUUUAUGUGCGGUAAAUAGUCAGUUGCAACAGAUCUCUCUACCUGAAGAAACUCAUUUACGCACCAGAAGAAAUGUUGAGAAUACAAGACCGUUAACUAUAUAUGGAUUUGAACUGAGCGAACGAGAUUGUUUAUAUGUGAUACAAGAAAUUAUUUCUAAGUUCCUCCUAUUUUUUCCUUUAGCGUUUAGUUUGGGAUUAUUUCCCCAAGUCAAUACGUUCCUUAUGUACUUAUUAGAACAGAUAGAUAUGCAUGUGUUCGGUGGAAAUGCAACGAGCAGUUUGAGCGCAGCCGUGUACUGCGUGGUUCGAUCUAUAGCAGCCAUUGGAGUACUAUAUGGCUUUGCAUAUAGCGGACUAGUGGAAGGAAAGAAAACACAACAUCAAAAACAUAAUAUACUAUUUUCGAUAUUCUGCGGUCUAUUGGUACCCAUAGCGUAUCACUUAAGCCGAAGUGCGAGUGAUUACACCCUUAUUUGGAACUUAAUAAAGAAACAUCUACUGCCGCCCGAACUAUACAUCGUUCAUAGUCCUGAAUGUUCCCCGGAGAUGGAAAAAACCGAUCCUAAUACAUUAACCGAGGAGAAGAAAAAUGAUUCAGAGAGUAACAUAUCUAAGCAAAACUCUAUCGGUAGUUCAGCUUCCAAAAUCAACUUUAGCUCUGAAACUAAUAUUGCAAGACAACAGAAAAGGUCGCAGACGUCAAGUGUUAGUUCAUUGAAGGUGGAUCCAAGGGGUGACACAAUGAAAUCGACGACCUCCCUAAAAGCCGAUCGCUCUGAAGCCCCUACGGAAACAGAAGAAAAAAGUAAAGACUCGAACACACUAAACUCAAAUACUAAUAAACAGGACAACGACAAACCAGACGAAGAUAUGGAAGAUCCUUUACCGAAAAAGUUACAAGCUACCAUUAACGCGAGACUAAAGAACGAUGUCAUAGUUUGCACAUUUCUUGGACUUUUCGUAUUUGGACUACAUUGUACAACUGUCUUUACGACACUGAGGCCACAGCUUAAUACGGUUCUCUGGAUAAUAGCGGGUAUUCUAGGCUGGUUUCUACACUACAUCACGCCGCAGCUGCGCAAGCAACAGCCCUGGCUGUGCCUCGCGGGGCCCGUGCUCAAGCAACAGGAAUACGCACAGUUCGAGGUCACGGAACCCGCUAAACUGAUGUAUUUUGAAAAGAUAUUCGUUUACCUCUGCUUCCUGGAGCGUAAUGUACUGUACCCGGCAGUAGUCGUAGCGGCCACGACACAGGACGCGCCCGCCAUAGCAGAGAAGUACGGAGACGCGAUUGGCGCUCUUAUCAUAUGCGUGUGUGCUUUAAAAUGUCUCAGAAACGCGUACUCCGAACCAGAUAGCCAGUAUCUCAUACUAGUUUUCGCGGUUCUUUUGUUCCAACGCGACCUCAGCAGCCAGAAAGUGUCCGAGACGUUUCUAGUUGACUAUUUCAUAACUGCCAUUAUAUUCAGCAAAGUCUACGAAUUUCUUUUGAAGAUCCAGUUCGUGGUGACGUACAUCGCGCCGUGGCAGAUCACGUGGGGCAGCGCGUUCCACGCCUUCGCGCAGCCCUUCUCCGUGCCGCACUCCGCCAUGCUGUUCCUGCAGGCCGCGCUGUCCGCCGCGCUGUCCUCGCCGCUCACGCCGGCGCUCGGUAGUGCAAUAUUUAUGACGUCAUACGUCCGCCCUGUCAAAUUUUGGGAACGCGAUUACAAUACGAAGAGAGUCGAUCAGAGUAAUACGAGACUCUCGUCCCAGUUGGAAAGAAAUUUGGGAGCAGAUGACAACAAUCUUAACUCAAUAUUCUACGAGCACCUGACUCGUUCGUUGCAACACUACCUUUGUGGUGAUCUGAUGCUUGGAAGAUGGGGUCAAGUGCAGCAAGGGGACUGCUUUGUGCUAGCGUCGGAUUACUUGAACUGUCUGGUACACAUCGUGGAGAUGGGUAAUGGUCUGGUGUCGUUCCAACUGCGUGGUCUCGAGUUCAGAGGAACUUACUGUCAGCAAAGAGAAGUGGAGGCUAUAUCUGAGGGACCUGAAGAACUUAGCGAGGGCGCGUGCGGCGCGCGCUGGCUGUGCGGCGGGCGCGUGCUGUCGCCGGGCGCCAGCUGGGCGCUGCGCUGGCUGGCGUGGCAGCUGGCCGCCGCGCGCUACGUGCUCGAGGGGUACUCCGUCACCGACAACAGCGCCGUCUCCAUGCUGCAGGUGUUCGACUUCCGCAAGGUGCUGCUCACCUACUACGUCAAGAGCAUCAUAUACUACACGAUACAAUCGAGUAAGCUCGAGGAGUGGCUGGCGUCCGCCGAACUCAGCGAGGCGUUGAAGCCGAUGGGGGAGCGAUCGUUCGUCGAUCUGGAUCCGAUCUUCAAUGUCAACCUCGAUGAAGAUUACGACUUUAGAGCGUCUGGGAUUACCAGGGGCCGGUUCUGCGCCGUGUACCAGGAGUGGGCGGUGCACUGCAGCGCGCGGCGAGGGCCGGGCUGGCGGCGCCGGGCCGCCGCGCGAGACUCGCCGCUCGUGACGUUGUGCUUCGCGCUCAGCCUGCUGGGCCGGCGCGCGCUGGCCGCCGCGCAGCACCUGUCCGCCUCCAGCGUGGAGUUCUUCCUGUACGGGCUGCACGCGCUGUUCAAGGGCGACUUCCGCAUCACGUGCGCGCGCGACGAAUGGGUGUUCUCGGACGUGGCGCUGUUGCACUCCGUGUUGGCGCCUGCCGUGCGGAUGGCGCUCAAGCUGCACCAGGACCACUUCAUGUUCCCCGAGGAGUACUGCAGCAGCGCGGCGCUGUACGGCGCCAUCUCGUCGCACGCGCAGCGCCUCGUCAUCUGCCACGAGGCGGCGCCGGCCUGGCGCUACAACGUGCUGCGCGGGGCGCCGCACCUGCUGGCGCUUAGGCAUGUAAUGGACGAGGGCAACGACGAUUACAAGAUAAUCAUGUUGAACAAGCGGCACCUCGGGUUCCGCGUGAUUAAGCUGAACCGGGAGUGCGUGCGCGGCCUGUGGGCGGGGCAGCAGCAGGAGCUCGUGUACUUGAGGAACAGAAACCCGGAGAGGGGCUCUAUACAGAACGCUAAGCAGGCCCUCCGCAACAUAAUCAACUCCUCGUGCGACCAGCCGAUCGGCUACCCGAUAUACGUGUCGCCACUCACCACCUCCUACGCCGACACGUCGCCGCAGCUGUGCGCGCUCACCGGCGGGCCGCUCACCGUCACCGCCAUCCGCGACCACCUGGCGGCGCUCUGGAGACGCGUGCGGCGGCGCUGCGGGGAGGGCUGCUCGAGCGGCGCGUGCGAGGCCAGCGCGGCCGAGGCGGGGCGCGCGCCCGCCCGCACGCCGCCGCGCGCGCCCGCCGCGCCGCCCGCGCCCGCCGCGCCCGCCGCGCCCGCCGCGCACCCCGCGCACCCCGCGCACCCCGCCGCGCACGGGGGUACUCGCGGCAGCCUCUCCAGCGCGGGCAAGCCGACGUCUUCAACCCUGGCGUCGCUGGCGGGCCUGCUGCGGGAACACUCGCACGAGCGAGCGCUGGAGGAGCCGGCGGCGCACGCGGCGGACGCGCGGCGCGACGAGCGCGGCGCGCGGCGCGAGCGCGGCCUGCGCGCGCGCACGCAGCCGAAUAAUCGAAGCCGCGCCCGUCGUGAUAUAGCUCUCCCUGCUUCGUUCAGACUACUCGCAGCCUCCGACAACCUGAGACCUCUCGACCAAACGGACCCCCGAUUGGCAGAAGAUGGACAGAGUUCAACCGGUGGCUGGGAGUUCGGCUGGCGGGAGCAACCACGUCGCGCUGCUAGUGCCAAGGUGUCGGGCUCGCGCGGGUCGGGGUCGGGCUCGUCGCUGGAGGAGGCGAGCGGCCUGGACGUGUCGCUGCCCGACUGCAAGAUCAUCGCCAACAGGAACGCCAGGCAAGCGAGCUUCCACAGGUAUUUCAUUAACGAGGGCACAUCCAAAGACCUUUCUAAAUUGAGCAAGGAUAUACGUCACGAAAGAGAAAGCUACCGCGAACUGACCGGACGUUACAUAGAAAAACCCGAAGCUAUACCACUAAAGGAGACUCAUUACUCGGACAUAUCCAAUAAGGAAUCGAUUUUGAAGAAGGAAGCCAAAAAGGACCCUAAACCUAAAGAAAUAAAGACUAAAAUUAAACGUUCGGACUCUGGUAGGAGUGAACUGAAGUCGAAUAUAAGCGUAGGCAGUAAAGUACUAAUAGUGGAACCGCUGGGGGUCUACGACUGUAUCAACCUGGGGCGCAGAAUCGACGUGCUUUGGCCCUCCGAGUACCAACGUGAGAGGGGGGGCAGGAAUUAUUGGGGCAGCUGGGUGCCUAUGGCUGGGAUGGAUGGAUUGGUGGUGCACAAGUGGAGCCCCAACCACCGCGACCCCAAACUGCGCUCACACGUGGACAAGAGCAUCUUGCUGCUGCAGAUGGACGACCGCUUCGUCCCCAUCGCUGAGUCCUGCGUGCAGGACCUCGGUGAUGAAGUCUAAUCGAACGACUACCUCUCGGAACGGACUUAAGUAUGGGAAACCUUAUCCCUUUGUUAUAGAGACAAUACUAUUUCACGGUCUGGACAAAUUAUCAAAUUGAUACAAAAUUUAGACUUAAAUUAUCUUUGAAAACAUCUUAGAUACUAAAGGGCGUAAAGGAUAAAACAUUUUGAACUUUAAAUCGUUGUAAUAAAACCGAUAGUGAUUUGACUCGGAUACGACAUUUUUAUCGUUACCUUUGGAAAUUGAAAAUCGUAUACAAGAAUAUUGUAGAGAAAGAUAACUAAAUGUGAUAAAUUUAUUCAACUAUUAUAUUCGAUGUUUAUUAUUAGAUGGAAAUGUUUGUAACUUAUACUUCAAAAUACUGCCUCGAAUAAUUUUAACUAAUAUCAUAAAUCAAAAAAAUUAUGUUCUCAUUAAACAAUGGAUUUAUUAUUGAAACAACAAAGUUUUAACUGUUUCUCGUUACAAUAUAAAUUGAAAUAAUCUAUUUAGAACAGAAUGAGUAUAUUUAAUUAUUUGUUUGGUAAUUAAAAUACAAACGAAUAGAAAAUACACGUUCGCUUAUUAAUGCGUUCGUAAAUAACAUAUAACACCUUCGAAAACAAGACUUUUUGCAACCUGUUUGUUGAAAAUUAUCUUAUGAGGUGAUAGGAAAAUUUAUAUAAAAAGUACUGAACAUCAUUGUAGAUAAUCAUUGACUGGACUUGUUAUAUAUUCACUGCAUCCAAUCAUGUCCAUUUGUAUAUUCUAAAUGUAAAUCAAUCUGCUAACCGAUUUUGAUGAAGUUUUAACGAUCUUCGAAUUCGAUAAAUCUAAUAUCAACUGCACGGAGCCGAUUCCCGUUAGUCACUUUGUAAAUUGUACACUUGUAUUGAUUUCGUAUAGAAUUCCGAUUUGUAUAUAAAUAAACGCUUCGUUGUCGUACGUUCGUCUGUAGCUAAACUUGUAAAUAAAUUGUAAAUAAUGUAAAAAUGUAUGUACCUCCUACUCUGUUAGUGUAUGAAAGGAUUUAAGUAAAUUAUAUUUUUAUUUUUAUUACUUUUUCACGAAACUUAUUGUUAAGAAUUCUUUCCCAAAAAUGACUUAGCCCCAUUAAGUUUUAAAAUAAUAUAUUAUCAACAUUUUAAUUAUUAUCGAUUUGAAAUUAAAAAAAUAUAUACUACAGACAAAUCAAAAUUUUUAAAAUAAUCUAAAAAUAAUGAAUUUUGAAAUUGUAAACGCAUUAAAAAAGUGUGAAUAUUGAAAUUAAAAAUAAUAUUUUUCUUUUUAACAAAAAAUAUUUAAAGGCUUCUGGCAUCAUUUUAAUGUCGUGAAGUGUUGAUUUAUAAAAAAAAAACACGUGUCUUCGAUACCAAAAACUAUCGCUGUUUUGUAUUGUUUAAUUUUUGGCAUAUAAUAUAUUAAAUAUGUAAAUAUAUAUACCUACAUAAAACAUUUGGUAUGAACUAACUGUGAAACCAAACGCGGUAGCAUGUUGAGUUUAACGAAUUUAAUUGGAUUAUAAAAAAAGUUGAUCGUUUAAAUUAUAUUCAAAUUAAAAUUAUAAAACAAAUAAAUAAAACUUAUAAUUACAUUUUUUAAAGUACAUAUUACAAUUAGAAACCUACAUAUGUAUACCCUAUUCCAAUCGGAGCAGGAGUAAAGGUAUACAAACCGUGGAUUUACAAAUUGCAUGCUUUUUUCUAAUUGUUCUGCUUUCUUACGCACUAUAAACAGUAAUUGAUUAAUUUACCUUUAUUUAUAAACAACACUAUUCCACUUAACUACUUAUAACCAUAUUAAUUUAACUUUCGAAGUUCCGAUUACAACUUCGCAGACAUUGAAAACGCCAUUUUUUCGCGAAUCCAUAGUGAAUAUCAUAGAUUAUUCAAGAUCUCGACCAAUGAUAUCGGUGUCAAAGUUGUUUAUUUGGGUUCACUCCUCUCGUGGUUGGAAUAGGUUAUAUUUCAAAAAAACAUUGAAAUUUCGCAAUAUGAACUUGCCAUCGAUUAAGUCACGUUUCCUAAUUAAUAAAAUUCAAACUCCUCUUGAAAUAAUGAAUUCUUCAGUAUUUAAACUUAAUAUAUUUAAUUUUAGUAUUUCAUUUACAAAAGCUCUUAUAUAUUUUUCUAAUAUAUAUUUAAAAAAAAAAUGGCUAUGAAUAGUGAUUAGGAAACGUGUGAUGUAUAUGCAUCUCGCUCUAACGUCAGCUGUCUGUUCGCGUUCAAGGUGAUCUACUGUCUUUAUCAUGUAUACAACUAUUUAUGUUAUAAUAUUUUAACCAGUGACCUUUUCCCGCCAUUUCCAAUGAACGUGCGCAGACCUGUAUACCUGUAGACCAUAUUUGUUCGCAAGUUGCCUUAUUAAUAUAUUUUAGACUGAUUUUUUAUAAUCGUGAGAGUGUAUAGCUAAUAUGAUAAUAUUAUUUAGAUUACUGUUAAUAUAGUUGUGAUCUUGAGAUGUUAAAUGUUCAGCGUUCGAUGUACUUAUGAACCGCGGGUUUUCACUUACCACGAAUUUUUAUUUAUUUUUUUGUAAAUAUUUCAAGUUCCAGAUGCGUAUAAAGUCUAAUCUAAUACUGUAUGUAAAUUGUGAAAAAUACUAAUUUUAUAAUUUAAAAAUGUUGUACACAAUAUUUUAUGGUACAUUUUAAGAUAUUCAAAAUAAUUUAUACGCAGUGUCGCCAUAGUUAUUGAAAAUUUUAAAAUCACAAUAACAAUUCUAGUAUUUAUUGUUCUUUUUUUACAAUGUCUUCAAUUGAAAAUACAAGAAAACAAGUACUGUUUUUAUUAGAAAUUCAAAAAGUUUUCGAAUUCUAGAUAAAUUGGAAGGUUGUAAAUACGAAAGCACAAUCCGUCCACAGAGAUGUGUUUUCAGAACGCACUUGGACCGGCGCCGCUUGCGUUAUAGUUAUAAAUUUGUGUAUUGAGACCACAAUAAAAUGAUUUUCAUUCUUAUGUCGAUGUAUUAAAGUUUAAAAUUGCACAAUAUUAACUGUUACGUGUUCUUCGUUAAGUAUCGAAAGCGGUAUUUCUUAAUAAAU